GUGGACGUCUGACAACACGGAAGUGUCAAAAUGGCUCCGAGUGGACUCAAAGCGAUUGUGGGCGAGAAGAUCAUCAAUGGAGUCCUCAAGAGCAUCAAGAAAGAUGGAGAAUGGAAGGUGCUUAUUGUUGACCAUAUUGGCAUGCGGAUUCUUUCCUCGUGCUGUAAAAUGUCGGACAUCAUGGCGGAAGGUGUUACCAUUGUGGAGGAUAUCAAUAAGCGGAGAGAGCCGAUUUCUAGUUUAGAGGCCAUCUACCUCAUCUCCCCUGUGCAAAAGUCAGUUCAGGCUCUGGUCAGUGACUUCAAAGAUUCGGCUUUUACGUACAAGGCUGCACACAUCUUCUUUACAGACACUUGUCCAGACGGCCUUUUUGCUGAGGUUGCAAAGUCACGGGUGUCAAGAGUCAUCAAGACACUGAAGGAAAUUAAUGUGGCUUUCUUACCAUAUGAGUCUCAGGUGUUCUCUCUGGAUGAUCCCCGUUCACUGGAGUUGUUCUACAGUCCCACUAGGACUAACCAGGACGAGCGCACCAAAAUGAUGGAGGCCGUGGCAGAGCAGAUUGCAACACUGUGCGACACACUGAAGGAAUACCCUGCCAUCCGCUACCGCCAGGGUCGAAAGGAGAAUGCUGAGCUGGCUGAGAUGGUGCUGGACCGCUUGAAUGCACAUAAGGCAGACAACCCCAGUAUGGGAGAGGGAACAGACAAGGCGCGCUCUCAGCUGCUGAUUGUUGACCGUGGUUAUGACCCCAUCUCUCCCCUCCUGCAUGAGCUCACCUUUCAGGCUAUGGUUUAUGACCUGCUGGAGAUUGACCAAGACAUCUACAAGUAUGAGACAACUGGUCUUGGGGAAAACAAGACAAAGGAGGUUCUACUGGAUGAGAACGACGAACUGUGGGUUCAGCUCAGACAUAUGCACAUAGCUGACGUCACCAAGAAAGUGACAGAGCUGCUGCGCACCUUUUGUGAGAGUAAAAGGAUGAACACAGACAAGGCCAACAUCAAAGACCUCUCUCAGAUGCUGAAGAAGAUGCCACAAUAUCAGAAAGAACUGGGCCUGUACUCCACUCAUCUGAACCUGGCUGAUGCCUGCAUGAAGAAAUUCAAGGCUUCUCUGGACAAGCUCUGUGAGGUGGAGCAGGAUCUCGCUAUGGGAUCUGAUGCAGAGGGGGAGCCCAUCAAAGAUGCGAUGAAGAGCAUCGUUCCUGUCCUGCUCAACAAGGAGAUUCAGCCCUAUGACAAAAUCCGUAUCAUUCUGCUCUACAUCUUCCACAAGAAGAAGGGUAUUAGUGAAGAAAACCUCACAAAGCUUAUCCAGCAUGCCGACGUACAGCAGGACAAGAAUAUCAUUACCAGCAUGCAGCACCUGGGCUGCCCCAUCAUCGCUGGGGGUGCUAAUGCUGGCAAGAGCCUGCCAGAGAGGAAAGAACGAACCGAAAGUACAUACCAGCUGUCCCGCUGGACACCCAUCCUCAAAGAUGUCAUGGAGAACCUCAUUGAGGACAAGUUGGACAAGAAGCAAUGGCCAUUCCUAUCAGACCCCGCUCCAAUCACAACCACCCAGACUGCAGUAAGCAGCGCACGGUUUGGACACUGGCACAAAAACAAGACUGCGACUGAGUACUGCAGCGGCCCUCGACUCAUCAUCUUUGUGAUCGGUGGCGUGACGCACUCUGAAAUGCGCUCGGCUUAUGAAGUCACCAGAGCCACCGAGGGAAAAUGGGAGGUUGUGAUUGGUUCCUCCCAUGUUCUGACCCCAACGAGCUUCCUGAAUGAUUUGAAGAAGUUGGACCAGCCAGACCAAGCGUCUGCUUAGAAGAUAGAAGUGCAGGCUUUGUGUGAGAGUCAAAUCGACCUGAUGCUGUCCAUCAGAAGCCUGAUACUUAGAAGUUCUGAAUGUCUGAGGAAACCAGUUCACCAUUCAUGUUUUUAUGUUUUGAUCUUGACAUGUACACUGAUGAUUCACUGUCUUUUAAAGUUUCCUUAUUUGAAAUUUGUGGAGUGAACAAAAUGGUGUAUAUAUUCAUGGUAUUUAAUUAAUUUAAAAUGACAUUAAUGAUGAUGCUGUAACUGGAAUCCAUUCCUAGAGCCGCCCGUUAUGUCUUGCCAAUGUAUGGAUGAAAUACUGUAUGUCCCCUCAACCCCAGGACCCCCCCUGCCUGUGUCCUGAUACUGGUGAGGGCUUUAGACAUGCACAUUGGAUUUACAUAUAAUAUUACUGUGCCUUUAUUUAACUGCGUUUCCAUUCUUAUUUCUGUCAGCUAUGUAGAUGAAGCCUCUUCACCUUGCAUAAAAGAUCAGUACCUUGUGCCUUGCUAAUAAAUGAAAGCUGGCAAAA